AUGCCGCCGUCAAAGUGGGAAGAUGAAGAGAGCACGCCUCCAUCGUCGCCGCCGCCAGUAGCUGCUGCCGCCCGCCGCAAGUUCGAUGACGAGGAAGACAGCGAUGAAGUACUUGAUGACUGGGAGGCUGCCGAGGACAGCGAGGUUGAGCGUGAAAAGGCCCAAAAGGCCGCUGCGGCCAAAGCAAAGGCCGACGCUGAAGCCCAGGCAAACAAGAAGAGCCGUUCCCAGCGGAUAGCCGAGCACCAGGCUGCCGCCGCACGGAAACGAGAGGAAGAAGAGUCAGAGGAAGAAAGCGACUCGGAAGAGGGCCUGGCUGCCAAACGUGAGAGGCUACGUCGAACCGAACAAGAUGCAGACCUGAAACACGCGGAAGACUUGUUUGGAGACAUCGACCUGGCCCGCACCCGCAACCGCACCGCACCCACCAAGAGCGUGAUAUCAGACGCCAAUGAUCCCACCAAAUCUAUAGAUCUAGCGGCAAUCCCACUCUUCAAGCCCACGACCAAGCCCCAGUUCACCGCCCUGACCACAGCUCUCGUACCGCUGUUGACAGCCCAGUCCAAGAAGCCAGCAUAUACCCUCUGGCUACAGGACUUCACCAAGCAACUCGUCAAGGAUCUCCCCAGCCAGGAAAUCAAGAAGAUCGCCAGUGCCAUGACUGCUGCCAGUAACGAGAAACUCAAGGAAGAGAAGGCUGCUGACAAGAGCGGCAAGAAGACCAAGGCCGCGAAGACCAAGACCAGCCUUGUUGCCAGUCGUGGAGCAGACCUGAAUGCAUACGAUGAUGUUGGUGGCGACCUUGGAGACGACGAUUUUAUGUGA